AUGACGCAAGAGAUACCACCAAAAGCCGAGGGCCAAACCUCGACGCCUUCGAGUAGCGAUGAGGCUUCGACAACGCCCGCCAAAUCUUCGAUAUGGCGACGCAUGUAUGGCAUAGUCUUUUGGGUCCCACCCAACUGUCGCUGGGACCCUGAAAACCCGCCGAGUUUCUCCAUGUCAUUGAAUUUUCUCUUUGCCUUUGCGGGAGCGUUCACUGUCGCCAAUCUGUACUACAACCAUCCCAUCCUGAACAUCUUAGCAGAAGACUUCAAUGUCACGUAUGAGCAGGUGGCACAGAUCCCCACGGUUAUGCAAGCCGGGAUCGGCUUAUGCGUGACAAAUUCACUUACCGUUUUCACCGUGCUCUCCUUCAUCGUCGGCGCCACAACAGUGACACCGCAGCUCAUGCUCCCUCUCGUCGGCGAGCUAGCGCCGCCGCACAAAAAGGGCGUCUCGCUCUCCAUCGUAACGUCCGGACUGAUGCUCGGCAUCCUGCUCGCGCGCGUGCUGUCGGGCACCAUCACCGAGUACGUCUCCUGGCGGGACGUCUACUGGAUGGCGCUGGGGCUGCAAUUCCUCGUCUCUACCCUCCUGUGGGCCUUCAUGCCCGACUACCCGUCGACCAAUCCCUCGCACACGCUCUCCUACCUCCGCCUGCUCUGGUCCAUCGUCACGCUCCUCUUCCGCGAACCCACGCUCCUGCAAGCCUGCCUCAUCUCUAUCUUCACCUCUGCGACCUUCACCUCCUUCUGGACGACGCUGACGUUCCUGCUCGCGGGCGCGCCGUACCACCUCUCGCCGCUGGUCAUCGGCCUCUUCGCGCUCAUCGGCAUCGGCGCCAUGGUCUUCGGCCCGCUCUACGCCCGCCUCAUCACCGACCGCUUCGUGCCGUGGUUCAGCGUCGUGCUGGGCGAGCUCAUGGCCCUCUCGGGCAUCCUGAUCGGCACCUACACCGGAACCUUCACCCUCGCGGGGCCCAUCCUCCAGGCCUUCCUGUUCGACCUCGGCUUCCAGUCCGCCCAGGUCGCCAACCGCGCCUCCAUCUACCAGAUCGCGCCCAAGGCCCGCAACAGGGUCAACACCGCCUUCAUGGUUUUUACCUUUUGCGGCCAGCUGAUGGGGACGGCUGUGGGCAGCGCCGUCUUCCAGCGCCACGGCUGGGUCGCGAGCGGCAGCGUGAGCGUCGGGCUGGUCGGCGUGAGUCUGUGCUUUUGCGCCGUGAGGGGCCCGUGGGAGAAAGGGUGGGUGGGCUGGCAUGGCGGCUGGGCCAUUCGGCAGCGGAGACCCGACGAGAAGAACGGUGGCGUUGGGCCGGUACAGCAGCAGCAGAGUGGUGGCAUUAGUGAGAAGGAUGAGGAGAAGGGGAAUACGGAGAAGGCGCUGGAAGAGAUUGCAGCUGAAGAUCAAAUAGAGACGAGGUCGAGGGAAGCUGACGAAGACGCCGUCGUCAUCGUUAGCAAUGGGGAGAGUGAUGGGGAGAAGCGGUCCUCAGUCUCGGAUAAAAGUGUAACUGUUCGAAAGUAG